CGACAUCGUCCCAAGGUGACAAUCCUGAUCAGACAAAAUCAGCCAAGGGUGAUACAACAAUUUCGAGAAUGCCCUCCGCAGUAACAGCUGGGCAAAAGCCCACGCACGACGAUCUCGACAACUAUGCCGUAAACGACCUCUCCGACGACCCCUUCGCCUCACCCAGCCCGCAGUCCAAGAAGCGCAAGGAGCCCGCCUCCUCCUCCAACGCCCUCGGCAUAGACGAAGAGGUCUCCGUGCAGAAGCGCGCCCGCGUACCAGCCGUCAAGCUCGACGAAGAUCGCCUCCUCGGCCCUGCCGGCAUCCCGCGCCUGCGCCAGCGGGCCUCCCGUAGCCUGAAGAUCAAGGGCAAGGGCCACGAGUUCUCCGACGCGGCGCGCCUCCUCUCCUUCUACCAGCUAUGGCUCGACGACCUGUUUCCCAAGGCGCGGUUCCUCGACGCGCUGGCCAUGGUGGAGAAGGCCGGGCACAAGAAGCGCGUCAUGACGGCGCGCAACGAGUGGAUAAACGAGGGCCGGCCCAAGUCUGGCGCGGACGAGGACGAAUACGAGGCGCGCGACAAUGGGCACGACGACGCCACCGUGGACGUGGAACAUGGCACGGAUGCAACCGCCGGAGGACUUGAAAGACCACAAACACCGCUGCAAGACGUACCGGGCGAUGACGACCUCUACGCCGCGACGCCGCGAGCGCGUACAGCCACCCGCCGGGACGUUCCCGAGGACGACGACCUGGAUGCCCUAAUUGCGGAAGCAGAGGGCCAGGACUUGCCAUCCAAUAAAACCAGACAAUCACACACAGAACCGGACGAAGACGAUUUAGACGCCCUUAUAGCCGAGGCAGAGGGUCAAGAUGCCGCCGCGUCAUCCAACACCAAGUCGGCAAGCACAGGUGAUGGUGAUGAGUUUGCAGACGAGGAGGCGGCGAUGUUGGAAAUGGGUAGCCCGUGACAGGGCCUAGGGGUAGGCAACGCAAUGGAUGGCGAUGCGGUUCAUAGAGCGCGAGUUUGACGCAGCAUCGGUAUACAUAGCAGCAUGUAAAAUCACUUCCGAGUUACAGCGGGCAUUUGAAUGAAAUCAAGAAACAGAG